AUGGCUAGGAUUUUCAAGCCUAUCGCCGAGGGCGAGCUGGAGAUAAAAAUGAAUCCCUCUCAUGAGGAGGUCAUCCACAUGGCAGAGUUGACCGAGGAGGAGAAAGUUAUCGAGAAAAAAUUGCGCAAGCGCAUUGAUGCAUUAAUCAUGCCGCUGUCAAUUUUGGUCUACCUGAUGAAUUAUAUCGACCGCAAUAAUUAUGCCGCAGCGAAGCUCCAAGGUCUCGAGGAGGAUCUCAACCUCGACGAUACAAAAUACCAGACUGGCCUCUCUAUCCUGUUUGUUGGAUAUAUUUUGAUGCAAGUGCCGUCGAAUAUGCUUCUUAACUACAUGGGUCGACCGUCUCUAUACAUCGGAUUCUUUGUCUGCGCAUGGGGACUGGUAUCUGCAUUGACGAGUCAAGUCACAAGCUAUGGAGCCAUUGUCGCAUGUCGAUUUCUGCUUGGUUUGGUCGAAGCACCCUUCUUCUGUGCCAUUCUCUUUUAUCUGUCCAAAUGGUACACCAGGAAGGAAUUGGCGUUUCGAAUGAGCAUCUUCUAUUCUGGCUCUCUGCUCAGCGGCGCGUUCGGAAACCUCAUCGCUGCGGGUAUUCUCAACGGACUCAAAGGCAAGCGAGGAAUAUCAGCAUGGCAAUGGCUCUACAUUAUUGAGGGAUCUAUUACAUGUGCCAUCGGGCUGGGCAUUUGUUUCAUUCUACCUGACUUUCCGGAGACAUGGAGGCUUUUAUCACCGGAAAUGCGCAAAGUCGCCCAGCGGCGUCUUGCUAUUGAGGCCGGUGAAGCAGACAUAGAUGAAGAGGGAAGCAAAAGCCAGUUCAAGGGAUUCAAACUCGCUAUGACCGAUAUCAAGACAUAUGCAUUCGCCCUCGCCUAUAUGUGCAUCACCGGAGCGGCUGGUUUCCAGAACUUCUUCCCGACUUUGGUCAAGACUCUGAAUUACAAUGAAACCAUUACUCUUGUGCUGGUGGCACCCCCUUAUCUCUUUAUGGUUGUGUAUUCUCUCUGUCAUUCCCUCGCUUCUGACAGGUUGGAAAGGAGAUUCUGGUUCUUCGUCUACCCGAUUCCGAUCACUAUCGCUGGGUUCAUUAUCUUCAUGAAGACUGAUUCUUUUGGACCACGGUACUUUUCAUUCUUCUUGAUGAUCUUCGUCUUCGCCCAGAAUGGGACGCUAUACUCAUGGCUCGCGAGCUCCAUUCCUCGCCCACCUGCCAAGCGCGCUGUUGCGUUUGCGUUCUUCAAUUCAAUUGGCAAUAGUGCUUCGAUCUGGACGCCGUACACCUACGUUGACAAGGAGAAGCCUCAUUUCCCCACCGCCAUGGGCGUUUGUAUUGCCCUUCAGGCAAUUGGUGGUCUUGCGGCCAUCUUCUUGUACUUCAACUUGCGCAUGCUCAACAAACGCCAGGAGCGUCUUGAGAAUGAGGAAGUACAGCUUGGCGAAAAGGAUCUUCGUCGGCUACAGGCUACUGCUGAUGUUGAAGGGAUUGACAUUGCCGCCGCCCGGCGGUUGCAAAGGGGAUUCCGUUAUGUGUUGUAG